AGAUAGGAAGGCUAGGAACAUCAGAUUUGUAGUGCAUUGUUAACGACAAAUGUAACUCCAACAUGUACUCUGCUCAGGCAGUGUAGAGUAAUUUUAAGCCACAGCAGCAAAAUUAAUGGGGAAUAAACAAAAAAACAAAUAGCUGUAGCGUUGCUUACAUAGCUCUGAACUGAACACUGACUUUCUAACACUACAUAAUUGUUGAACAUGGAUGGAGUUAUUCAAGCAGGUCAACCUCAAUGUGAACGCGCACCGAGGGUUUCGGAGAGGUGAGCUCUGACACCGGAGCGGUCCGGUGUAAAUCACUGCAAUGGCAGAGGAGUAGGGGAGGGUGGAGGACACUGGCUGUAGCCCUGCCUCCUCUCUGCAUGUGAACACACAGCAGAGUGAACACACGGCGGUCAAGCAAGCAGACAGAGCACCAUCACAGGAGCAACAAAGGGACGCAUGGUUAAUCUAAUAAGGCAUCAAAUGAAGAAAUGAUUCAUUGAGACAAGUUCGCUUACAGAUACACGUUAUAUUGAAUCUGUCCUCACCUCAAAGGGUGUAAUAACACUGCACUGUCAUGGAGCUGGAGCACUUUGAUGAGCGGGACAAGGCUCAGAGGUAUACCCGAAGGGGCUCAAGAGGGAAUGGACUUCCUAGUCCCACUCAUAGUGCUCACUGCAGCCUGUACAGAACCAGGACACUGCAAGCACUGAGCUCAGAAAAGAAGGCCAAGAAGAUUCGUUUCUACCGCAAUGGGGACCGCUACUUCAAAGGCAUUGUGUAUGCCAUUUCUCAGGAGAGAUUUAGGUCCAUAGAAGCACUCCUGGCUGACCUCACAAGAUCUCUGUCAGAUAAUGUCAACCUGCCACAAGGGGUGCGGACCAUAUAUACCAUUGAUGGGACAACAAAGAUCACCAGCAUGGACCAGCUGGUGGAAGGGGAGAGCUAUGUUUGUGCUUCCAUAGAGCCCUACAAGAAGGUGGACUACACAAAGAAUGUGAAUCCUAACUGGUCAGUUGGCGCCAGGACUGCUGUGUCCGUCCGUGACCCUUCUUCCCUUGGUAGUGCCAAGACUGGAUUCCCAGAAGCCAAGGAGAGCAAGGACUUUAUUAAGCCCAAACUGGUAACCAUCGUCCGCAGUGGAGUAAAGCCUCGCAAGGCCGUACGGAUCUUGCUCAACAAGAAGACUGCACACUCCUUUGAGCAAGUCAUGACUGACAUAACAGAUGCCAUUAAGCUGGACUCUGGAGUCGUCAAACGGCUGUAUACUGUUGACGGCAAGAUGGUCGCCUGCCUUCAGGACUUUUUUGGGGAAGAUGAUAUUUUCUUUGCCUGUGGACCUGAGAAGUUCCGUUAUCAAGAUGACUUCAACUUGGAUGAAAGUGAAUGCAGGGUGGCAAAGUCGGCCUCAUAUGGCCGGCUACCCUCUUUGCAAGGUCGCUCUUCCCCAAGAGGUGGUGGGAUGUCCCGCAGGAGCAAGUCUCCGUCAUCCACUGGUUCAGCUAAUGGCACAGCAGGCAGUCAGCUAUCCACACCUCGAUCUGGAAAGUCUCCAAGUCCCUCUCCUACCAGUCCAGCUAGCCUCCGAAGACGACAGGGAUCUCAACAUAGUGGCUCUUCACUGUCUUUAGCUUCUACCAAGGUUUGCAGCUCAAUGGAUGAAGGAGAUGGGCCUGGCAGUGAAGCUGAGCCAAUGGAUGAGUACCCCACAGUCCCUGCCUCCAUAACGGAGAGGUACAAAGUGGGGAGGACUUUAGGAGAUGGAAACUUUGCUGUGGUUCGCGAGUGUGUGGAGAGAUCCACUGGAAGAGAGUACGCUCUGAAGAUCAUCAGCAAAGAUAAAUGCAGGGGAAAGGAGCACAUGAUCCAGAGUGAAGUGUCAAUCCUUCGGCGUGUAAAACAUCCCAACAUCGUACUUUUGAUUGAGGAAAUGGACACCCAUAGUGAUCUCUAUCUUGUAAUGGAGUUGGUUAAGGGGGGCGAUCUCUUUGAUGCAAUCACCUCUUCUAACAAGUACACAGAACGAGAUGCCAGCUCUAUGCUGUUCAAUCUGGCAAGUGCCAUCAAGUACCUGCACAGUCUCAAUAUUGUCCACAGAGACAUAAAACCAGAAAACCUGUUGGUGUAUGAACACCACGAUGGUAGUAAAUCUCUAAAGCUAGGUGACUUUGGCUUGGCUACCAUCGUCAAUGGGCCACUCUAUACUGUGUGUGGAACGCCCACCUAUGUAGCACCAGAGAUAGUCUCUGAGACGGGGUAUGGCCUCAAAGUUGACAUUUGGGCAGCGGGUGUCAUCACAUACAUAUUGCUGUGUGGAUUUCCUCCUUUCCGUGGCAGUGGUGAUGACCAAGAGGCACUCUUGGAACAGAUUUUGAGGGCCCCGCUUGAUUUCCCCGCACCAUACUGGGACAAUGUAUCUGACACUGCCAAGGCUCUGAUCACUGAGAUGCUGCAGGUAGAGGCGGAUCAGAGAUACACAGCUGUGCAGGUGCUCGUUCACCCCUGGGUCAAUGAUGAUGGUGUGUCAGAGAAAGAGCACCAGCUGUCUGUGGCUGGGAAGAUCAAGAAGCACUUCAACUGCGGGCCCAAGCUCAACAGUACCACAGCAGGAGUUUCAGUCAUUACAACCACGGCACUUGAUAAGGAGAAGCAAGUUCUCCGACGAAGACGCCACCAGGAUGUGAAGCUUGCUUCCCACCUCCCACACAGUAUUGGUGCAGGCGCCUCCCACAGUGUCAACCCUGGCCUCUCCCCCGCUGGGUUCACCUCUGAGUCUGAGGCCUGUUCUCCAAGUUCGGCUGAAACUGUCCAUUCACCCAUCUCUCCCUUCUAACAGCCUUCCUGAGGCCAUGGCACCGUCCACCUUCCAUGGAAAAGUAGGAGAGUGUGGAGUGCAAAACGAAAAGACCCAGCUUUGGGUUCAGUCUGCUGACUUGGACAUUCACAGACUGCAUACUUAAAUUUACACCUAUUUUAUUUUUUUUAACUACAAAAUUAGUUGUAAGGGACACGUUAGUCUCUGUAUUAAGGAAUACACCUUAACAGCAUGCAACAAUUUUGAAUAUUUUACUUUUUUCUUUAAUACAGCCACCAAUCUGUUUAAGCAAGCACUGGUUCAUUGCAGUAUUCUAGAGCCCUCUUCUGGUUUAUGUUGUUUUCUGCAGGAAAGACAACCUGCUUCAUGAAGCACUUAGCUUUUUAAUGGAAAGUGUAAAUUCAAAACAUUGAAACCUUAGCCUCUAAAUAUUAAAUAACAUGAUUUUUGAUCUAACAUGUUCAGUACAUCACUUAUCAUACUAAUUUAAAUACAAACACUUGUUAAUAAUGUAAUACAACAGCAACAGUCACCUUUCUGCUGUACUGUAUGACAUGUAGAUUACUCUGCUGUGGUACUUAAGGUUCUGGUGCAUACACUUUUAAACUGUUUAAAAGGACUUAAGAAACUUAAAGCACAUGCUGCUAUAUUGUACCAUAAGAAUUAUCUGUACCGAACGGAUUUUCUUUGCUCUGACACCCAGUAGCUGACUUCUUUAAGAGAAUUGAGGGAGCUGACGUUUGACUGUAGAUUGUCCAGCUAACCUGCGUGGCUGAGGAUGAUUUAUUGAAACAGUAAUUUUGUUACAUGUCUGUGAGAGUGGUUGUAAUUCAGUUGUGGUCCAGAUGAAUGUCAGUGCUAUGUAGUUGGUAGUAAGUGCAUGUUUAAAGCCUUGCCUUGGCAUAUGUGGAUUUAAGUGCAAUUAGGUGUACUGCCCAAUGACCACAGUGGUUUUAAAUGUGUCCUUUGAAAUGCGGGAAUGAGUGAAAAUGUAUCCGUUGCAGGUGUUAUUGACAUCAAGCUGACACACUUCUCUAUCAGACGGGGGCAAUUAGCUCCUUAUCACAUACUGAAAUAAGGAACAAGUUGGUAAACACAACAGUGCUUCCAGUAAAAUCCCAUUAUUAUUUUCAUAUUUGUUCAUUCAGUCAGUACUUUUGGACUUAUUUUAAUCAGAUCAAACAACACGAAUAAGAAGUCUGGCUCAUUAGACUGUAUGUACAGUAUGUCCUCUGACCACUUCAUACAUUAGUUCACCAUAUACCAAAUAUUAAUGAAUGUGAAUGUCCUCUUUCCUUCAUUAGAGACUGUAACCUGCAUGUGUGCUAAUAUGCAUCCUAAAUCAGUUGUUCUGGUCUUCUCCUGUUAUGUCACUGUACAUGCUGUCUUGGUGUAUGCAGAUCACUUGCAGACUAUACUCAUACCACAGCUUAGUUAAGACUUGUGUAUAUACGUAUUGUAACUGAAAUGUAACAUUACACCACUGACUUUGUUGUAAAAGGGCUUUUACGUUUUUGACUAGAAGGGAGUGGACCAAAAAGCACAAGGAAAGCAAGUUGUGAUGGUGACUUUUUGGGAAUGUAUUCGCUUUCAAGACUGUUUUUCAUCAUCUGAAAAAUAUGUAAUGUUUAUAGUUUGACAAGAUAGUACGCAAAGACAACUGGGAAUGUCAGUGUUAUAUGGAAACAGAAUGAGAAUGUGAAUCCUGUAUUAUAUUCAUCCAUAUUCCAUUCAUGUAAGGACGUUAUAAAACAAUCUAAAUGAGAACAAAAAACAGUAAUACACUUCAUAAGAAAAAAAAUCUGUUAUGGUUAAAAAGUAGACUUCCAACAAUGUACUCUUCAAAGAAACCAAACAUGGGAAUAAAAUGAUUUAAUUAA